AUGGUCUCCUUGAAGUGGAAACGAACCGACCCUCCGAGCCUUGUCCACGAGCAGAACGAUCUCAACUCUACAACCUUCCUCGCGGAAGGGAAUCUCAAGUAUGCCAUCGAAAAGGGGGAGAACAGCAACGAGCCAUCUUACCAGGAGGUGUCGGGGGCUCCCGUCGAGACGCGUUCGCCUCUGGGCUAUCAUGUCGGCCAGGUCACCAUUCUGUUUCUCAACCUCUCCAAGAUGGUCGGUACUGGAGUCUACUCGACCCCCGCGUCGAUUCUCAAGGGCACAGGUAGCGUCGGGCUUGCUCUGAUCUACUGGUUUCUUGGCUUCAUCAUUGCUGGAUCUUCUCUAUCCGUCUAUCUGGAAUUCGCGAGCUACUUCCCGAACCGAUCCGGCAGCGAAGUCGUCUACCUGGAACAGGCUUACCCGCGCCCUCGAUACCUCUUCCCAGUUACCUUUGCGAUUCAGUCCGUGCUGCUCUCUUUCAGCUCCUCAAAUGCCAUCGUCCUCGCACAGUAUCUGUAUCGCAUCAAUGGCGCUACCCCCACGGCCUGGGAGCUGAAAGGCGUGGCCGUCGCCGGAUACACUGUGGCAUUCCUCUUCGUGGCCUUCUCAACCAGGUGGUCCUACCAUAUCUCCAACGCCAUCGGUGUCGUCAAACUGCUGACGUUGGUCUUUGUUGCCAUCACCGGCCUGGUAGUCCUCGGCGGAAACGUCUCUCGAGUGCCAGAUCCCCAUGCCAACUUCCGCGACGCAUUCUCCAGCUUUGAAGGGGCCUCGACUUCGGCAUACGGCGUGACAAAUGCCCUGGUGAAAAUCAUCUUCUCCUACGCCGGCUAUGAGAAUGCCUUCAACGUCGUGAAUGAAGUCAAGAACCCGGUCCGCUCCAUUCGCAACUCGGGGGGCCUCUCGCUUCUCAUCGUCGCCGUGCUCUACAUGCUGGCCAACAUCGCCUAUUUCUCGGCGGUCCCGAAAGAAGAGUUGGUCAAGUCGUCGCAGAUCGCCGCCAGUCUGUUCUUCCAGCACGUCUUUGGGUCAAGCGGAGCCGUCAGGGGUCUCAAUUUCCUGAUCGCCCUGAGCGCAUUUGGCAACUUGAUUGCGGUAUUGUUGGGCCAGUCCAGACUGAUCAGAGAGUGUGGUCGGCAGGGCACCCUCCCGUUCCCAGAUUUCUGGGUCAGCACUCGACCGUUCGGCACUCCUCUUGGACCUUACUCGGUGAAAUGGGCAUUGACGAUGCUGAUGAUCCUUGCGCCUCCCGCGGGCGACGCUUUCAACUUUGUCGUCGACCUGGCCAACUACCCAAGCUCCUUCUUCAACUUCCUCAUGGCCGUGGGCAUCUACUUUGUGCGGGCUCAGCGCCGACGGCUCAACGUGCCGCCGCCAUCCAAGGCGUACCGGUUCCAGGCGUGGCACGUGGCCGUCCUCUUCACCAUCGCCGUCAACCUGUACAUGCUGAUCAUGCCGUGGUAUCCACCAACGGGGGGCGCGACGGGUGGCGACGUCAGCUUCUGGUACGCGACCUACGUGGUGACGGGCAUCGGCAUCCUGGUCGCCUGCGCCGCCUACUACCUGCUGUGGGUGUACCUGCUGCCGCGCUGGCGGGGCUACCGCAUCCGCCACGAAAAGGUGCUCCUCGACGGCGGCGAGGUCACGCACAAGCUCGUCAAGGUGCCCCUGGACCAGCUGGAAGCGUGGGACCGCGAGCACGACGCCCAGGGCCGGCUGCUGGGCUCCAACGGCCGUCGGAGCGGCGACGAAACCGUCGUCGACGUGCAACAUCGCUUCGACAGGGACGAGAAGUUGUGA